UGUGUGACAAGUCAGCAAUGCAACGAUGUAAGUAAACAUCCAGAAGAGAAAUUAAUCGUUGAAAGCGCAAAUGAGCCCCUCAAACAGCUUGAGAAAAGUUUGAGAGAGAAAACGUUAGAACAUGAGACAAAACAGAAAGGAAUUGACUCCGUAAAAAACUCUUUCAGUUAGUAAAUUAGAGGAUAUUUAAUUAACAGGGACAAAGGAAAAUAUUUACUAAAAACUGCAAAUGGGCAUUACGUGCCAACAUCCAGCAUUGUCAACAUUGACACGGCAAAACUUGAGAAACAUUUUCAUGGAAAGGUGGCGGAUGACUUGGAGCAGAUAUUGCGCAUUUUUCCCACAAUAAAAGAGUAUUUUGACAGCGGCCAUCCCAGACCUCGGAAUCUUGGUAAUUCAGCUUGGCUCAUUCUGGAGGUGAACUCUGUACAGUUUUCUGUGGCACUAAGGAGGCUCCCAAGUCAAAAAAACCCAUAUCCCUGGGGGGAGUUAAUGUUUUACAUACGUGUGUAA